AUGUUGGGACAUCAGGCUCACUUAGUUUUCACUUUCAUGAUCUCGAUAGAUGAUUAUCCGUCGCUGAAGGCCAAAUGGGUAGUUAUGCAGCAUGCAGGCAAGAAGCCGGGUUCCAUGUUCGAUGACCUCGCCUUCGUCCCGGACCACGACCUCCUUGACACUGUAUGGCUUGAUAACCCCCAACAAGAAUCCACCGGUAAAAAAGGCGAGAAGCCGUGGCAGGCUGACCCUAAGGCUGCAUCGUAUCCGUCCGAGGAGCCUGCAUCAACGGCUGUUCGCGAUGCUGAGCUGGACGUCGUCGUCAACAACCAACUCGCGGUGCAGGAUCCGCCUGCCGCUCCGCCGCCAGCGGCGUUUCGCGACGACAUGGUGUCGUGGCUGCUGGACGAGGCGAUCGACGGCACCUUCACGGCGGACGCCUGGCACGACUUCGCAGCCGCUGCUCUCGGCGAGGCGGGCAAGGAGAUUCACAAGGACGCUGCCGCUGGUCCCACUGACCCUGCUGCUAAGCCUCCCCCCGUUCACGCUUCUGCUCCCAUGGCCGCAGAGGCAGACGCCUUUCACAAAUCCGCCGCGUUCGGCGGCGUGAAACCGGGCUUUAAGAGCUUGAGGCCUGAGCAAGCGACGGUAUCGCAGAGACCGAUCGGGCAGGGCCAGGCGACGGGGUGCGACGGUUUGGCGAAGAAGACGGCGCUGAGCAACAUGGGUGUCGCCGCGCUGCUCGCACAGAAACGAGCCGUCAGCCUCAAGCCGGUCGCCGUGUUUCCCGGUAGCAUGGCGGAAAUGCGGAUGAACAGCGGCGGGGCGGAGAAAGGCGCUAGUAUGAUGGGGAAGGGGGCGAGUAUCAUGGAGAUGUUCAGCCAGCAGUCGCAGCAGCUGCAGCAGGAGCAGGAGCUGCAGCACGAGCAGCUGGAGCUGCAGCAGCACGAAGAGGAGCUGGCGGCGCAGCAGUUGUUUCUUAUGGAGCAGCAGAAGCUGCGUCAGCAGCAGCUGAAACUGCGACAGGCGUUUCAACAGCAGCAGCAACAGCAGCAGCUGCAGCAGCAGCAGCAACAGCAGCAACAACAGCAGGAGCAGCAGCAACAACAGCAACAACAAAUGUUACAGGAACAGCAGCAGCAGCAGCAGCAGCAACGGAAGCUGCUAUCGCAGCCGCAGUGUCAGCUGGUGAAGCUGGAGGCGAAGCAGGCGUCCAUGAGGUUUCCCGACCAAGCAAACGCUCUUCAAGGCAACUCCCCGCAGUGCGCCGCUCCGCGCGCCACGCCUCUCAACUUCUCGCACUUCUCUCUUCCCGCUGCUCUCUACGGCCGCACCAAUACCAAGUCCGCCGCCGCCGCCGCAUCAUCCGCAGCCGCGCCGCCCUCUAGUUCGCAAGGCAACUUCCGGCCGCCGACCAAGGUGCCAACGCCGACCGCGAAACCCGCCACCGCCCCACCUGCCCCCACGCUUGCGCGCGCAGGCGACCCUUCAGCGUCUCCCCCGCAAGCUACCGCGCAGCAACCAACGCAACUGGCGGCUGCGGGCAGUCCCACGGCAGGCGCUGCGAGCCAGUCGGGUGCCCCCGCAGGACCCUCCGCGCGCGCGCUGUCGCGGUCUCCGCCUGCCGCUGGCCCGUCCACCUCCGCGGCGCACUCUGCUGCGGCGGGCGCGCUUACCCCCGCGGCGCCCAAGCCACUUCCGUACGCGCCGAUCGCGAAGCAGCAGCAGCAGCAGGACGCGGAGAGAAUGCGCGGCGAGGCAUCGGCGGACGCGUUUCACGCGUCGACGGUGACCAGCAAUGUGGACGGCCCCGCCGCGUGGGGCAAGCACGAGCGCGACGGCACGGGCAGCUGCGCCGUGGGGGGCGACGACGACGACACGGUGGGCGCGCACAGGGAGCGGAUGGCGCGCAAGAACACGUGCGGAACGAAGGACUCGGGCAUUCAUCCGGGGUCGGGCGGCGGGGGCGGGGGCAGCUGGGGGAAGCGGUCGCGCGAGGAGAGCGAGAACAUGGCGUUCGACGAGGCGGACGCGGCGGAGGAGUCGGCGGACACGCGCAAGACGAACACGACGGCGAAGCGCAUGGCCGUGUCGGGCAACGAGAGCAGCGCCGCCAAGCGCGCGCGCGCCGCGGAAGUGCACAACAUGUCGGAGCGGAGGCGGCGGGAUCGGAUCAACGAGCGGAUGAAGACGCUGCAGGAGCUCAUUCCAAACUCCAACAAGACGGACAAGGCGUCGAUGUUGGACGAGGCCAUAGAGUACCUCAAGAUGCUGCAGCUGCAGCUACAGGUCAUGUCCAUGCGCACGGGCAUCAGCAUCCCCUCCGGCCUCACGGGCGCGGGCUCCGCGCUGCCGUCGCUGGGCGCGGCGAACAUGGCGGCGGCCGCGGCGCACAUGGGGUCGUCGCCGCUGCCGGGCGCGCUGGGAAUGGGGCUCUCAGGCAUUGGCGCAGGGCUGGGCGGGGGACUCGGGGGGAUUAACGCGGGCAUGGGCAUGGGGAUGGGCAUGGGAAUGGGGCUUGGGAUGGGCGGGCUGGGAGGCAUGGGGGGGUUGGGCAUGGGUGGCAUGGGCAUGGGCGGUCUUGGGUUGUCGGAGCUUGCUGGACUGCCAGCUCAGCAGCGGCUCAUGAUGGAGAUGGCGUGUGCUGACUUGGCACCGAAUACAGCCGGGCAGGGUCAACUGAAUGACAUGUCAUCGGUUGCUGCGGCCAUGGCUGCUGCCACGUCAUCCCAGUCGCUGUCCCAAUCCGCUCGGCACUCGCAGCUGCUGUCACAGUUGCAGGCGGCGCAGGCAGCAGUGGUGGCAGCAGAGGGUGGCGCUAGCGGAGGGGGGGGUGUGGGGCGGGACGGCGGAGGAGGGAGGGCAGCAGCAGCGUCAGCGUCGGCGUCAGCGUCAACGUCAGCAGCCAUGGCGGCUGCGGCUGCAAUGCUGGAGGGGCACCGGCAACGAGGGCCGUCGGUGGACCCCAUGGAGGCUUACCUGGCUCGGCACCAGCAGCAGCAGCAGCAGCAGCAGCAACAACAGCAGCAACAACAACAGCAGCAACAGCAACAACAGCGCCAGGUGCGUUUCUGUGUAUUAUAA